CCAUCUCCCUGGCUCUGUCCACCAUGUUCCACUACCUCCGCAAGAUCGCGCACAAGCGCAACACCGCCACCGCGUCCUCACCUGCAGUCGAGCGGCUGCGUUCGCAUAUAUCGAAGGGGAAAGAGCGAGGCGAUGCGGGGGAGACGAGGAAGACAUCGAUGGAGGGACGAGGGAGGCAGGAGAGGCCCUCGGCACAGCCCGACAGAGGCGAAGCGGCGGCGUCCUCCACAACCCUCUCACCGUCACCGAACCCGCGACAUCGCACCCCACCCCAGCGACGGUGCCCUGCCAGGCAAGUUCCUCUAUGCUGCCUUGCGGCGACCGCCCUGACACCUCGAGAACCUCUAGUACCGCACUGGGAAGACUCUGGGCAGUGGAACGUGCGGAACGAGAUCGCGGUACUCAAGAAAGUCUCAAGAGGCAACCCCAACAUCGUCACGCUUCACGACUACUUCGAGACAUCCCACAAUCUGUACCUGUGUUUCGACCUUUGCACGGGCGGUGAGCUUUUCGAUCGGAUAUGUGCGAAGGGAAAUUACUACGAAGCCGACGCUGCCGAGCUGGUGCGGACGAUCAUGGGCGCCGUGAAGUACAUUCACGGCUGUGGUAUCGUACAAGAGCCCGAAAACCUGCUGUUCCGGACGAAGGACGAGGACGCAGACAUUAUGAUUGCGAUUUGGCCUAAGUCGUCUGGCCACGGCAAGCCUGUCGAUGUCUGGGCCAUGGGUGUCAUCACCUACUUUCUCCUCUGCGCACAAGAGAUGGAGGCGAUCCUCGCGGUGACUACAAAACGUUCCCAGCCCGCGCGCGACUUCGUCGCCUCGUGCCUCACGAUCGACCCCGCCGCACGCCCGACCGCGGAGGAGGCGCUCCAGCUCCCGUGGCUCGCGGCCGCGACGCCGCACUACGUGGCCGACCCCGAGAGCCCGCACGGCGGGCCGAAGGACCUGUUGCCGCAAGUGAAGAAGGCGUUCGACGCGAAGAAGACUUUCCGGAAAGCGGUCCUCUCCAUGGUGGCGAUGCGCCGGAUGUCGACGCUCGCACACACGCAUACGCUCGAUCCGCAGAUCGGCGGCAAGAGCCUGCGGCAGCUCCUCGAAGAGUCCGAGAAGGAACACGUCGACGGCGAGCACUCUGUCAUGCACUUCGACAGCAGCUCGUCCGAAGGCGGCAGCUCCGGCGGUGAGGAGCACAGCGGGCUCGUGGACGCGCUCUCGUCCGUCAAGCUCUCGACUGCUGCGAAGUAACAGCGAUCGCUUGGACUGUAUCAGGCUACAGAAACAUGAGGACCGGGCGCUGCCUGAGCUCGUUCAGUUGCAAUUGGGUUAGAUUUAUGUAGGAUACCGUAGCCCGCUCGGUGGUGUUCGAUAGUGCGUCGGGUCGUCGUCUAUAUCUAACGUGAAGUAGUGUAAUGAUAUGAGAUACCAGUGUGUGCCGAUGGGGUGACGUUAGGCUGCUCGAUUUGUGUGUACAGCAGGAUUGAUGAACUGAACACAACUCA